AUGAGGCCUGUAGACAAGCAGUACCACCUCGAUAGACCGCUCAACUUCUACUCUCACACUCGACAUGACAAGGGGCCUCCGCUGAAGCCGCCGAAGGGGUGGAUGGGGAUAAGGGUGGGGACGGAAGGGGAGGAGGAGAAGCAACGGUUCGUGGUGCCGGUGGAAUACUUGAAGCAUCCGCUCUUCGUAGGGCUUCUCAAGGAGGCGGAGAGGGAGUACGGAUUCGACCAGCUGGGGGCCAUCACCAUCCCCUGCCGCGUCGAACACUUCCGGUAUGUUCGAGGCAUCAUCGAUCGUGAGCACAGUGCUGCCGUUCAAGCCCAUCGCCAGCAUUACCACCGCAGCCGCCGCCACCACCGCCUGGCCCACUUCUCCGGGUGCUUCAGGGCUUGA